CCCAAAAAGUUGACCAUUAUCCUGGACAGACAAACGCGUUUACUAACGGUCAACGCGGCACGUCAGCACCUUUACUUAAGAAUAUUUAUAUUUUCCACCUAUUACUAUUUAUUUUUUUCAUUUUGAAUAAAAAAAUUGAAAAAUGAAAAUUGAAUUUCCGGUAUCAGCAUUUUUCAGUUUUUUUUAUUCAAAAUGAAAAAAAUAAAUAGUAAUAGGUGGAAUUUUUAUUAAGUGAAUGGUGUUGACGUGGCGCGUUCACCGUGAGUAAACGCAUUUGUCCGUCCAAGAUAACAGUCAAUUUUCGGGUUUGGCCAAUUUCAUUACUUCGGUGUAUAGUUCAGGCCAUGAUGUUAUAGAUCGAAAAGAUUGGUCCGGAUGUUUAUUAUGUGAAAUGUUAAGGCCAUACAAAUAUAUUUACCCUAUAUUCUAUUGUAAAGAAGAAGAAACGUUUUUUUUUAUAACCCAGGAAUCUCAACCCUACGUGCCACUUUGUGAUAUUGGGGUAUACUAAACCUGGGGGUUCACCUGCUUGAGUUUACCUCGCUUUGCGAAGUCCCACCACUAGGAUUCCCAUUGUGCCUCUAGGAACACCCACCUGAUGAUUUAGAGGAUCGAACCUGAGAGCUGCUCCUCCCAAGUCAUCACUUUUCUUCGCACUCACACCAGUUGGAAUAUGUGACUUUUGGCAGAAGGAGAAACGCGGUCAUGUGACAUUGAUACACAAAAGUAUAAAAUAAUGAACAUUAAAUAACAUUUUUAUGCUACACAAAAAGACGAAGUAAUGUCUACUUUAAAAAAAUAAUAAGAAGCAUGAAAAAUUAAAUAGAUAAAUUAGAAUAUAGAUAAAUAUACUCUAAAUUAAACAAAUCAAAAGAAAAGGUGAGGUGUUAGAUUUAAGAGUUGUAUGUUUAGAGUACAAAGUGAAUUGAGAAUGAAAAAGUGAGUAUUUAAUAGGAAUGUGUUAGAUUUAAUGGGUGUGGUCGGUGUUGAUCUUCUCAUAGAAUGUGACCAAAUAUGUACGUUGGUUGGGUUGGAUAGGGACACAAUUCCUAAGUGGGUUGUGAGUUUCAUUUUUCCCUUUUUGUCCGUCUUCCUUUCUCAUCCGAUGGUCCAAAACACAACAAGGGCUUUUUUUGGAAGUAGCUUAAUGGAAAGAAUUUGAAUUAAGAACAUAAAUACAUGGGAAACAAUUAUGCAGUGCGAUUGGUGGGUUUCAUUACCACUAACCAUAAACGCCCGCGUCUCUUUCCCUUCCAUUUAUGGAUCCUUCCUCAUCAAACCAAACCACAGUCCUGGUAGCUAGUAGCUACAGAGCUCCGACAAUAUCUUUACGCGGUCGCCGGAAUACAAUGGACGACUACUUAAGCAACGACGAUGGCAGAGAUGGAGUGGGAGUUGAACAUACAUGUUUAUUUGGGUUCGACCUGAACAUCCCAUACACAAGCAAUGACAAAGCCAGAUACGAGGUGGGAGCUGAAGAGACGGAGAAUGGAGAUGAUGUUUGCAUGGUUGAUGAUGCGGUCUUUUUCGACAUAGUUUUGGGUUUUGGCCAAGGGAAAAAGUCCCAAGAUUCAAAUCCAACCAAAGUAGCAAUUCCAAACAUUCCAAUCUCCACCUAUUGCAAACAAGCCUCAUCCCAAAAUCUCAAAUAUGUUUAAGAGUUAGAACUCGAAAGUCACCUCUCUGACUCCCCUUGUAGUUGCCAAAGCAGACCACUCACCCUAGUAGUCUUUGUUUAUUUGAUGUUUGUGAAUGAUGAUGAUCUUGUGGUGUUUGUAUUUAAUGUCUUGCUAACUGGAUGAAGAGUUUUGAUUAUUUGUAAUUUUAUGUGUUUGAGUUCGGAUUUGGUUUUUUUGUUCACGAUAUGUUGUAACGUCCCGAACCUUUUCGCGACGAAGAUAUUGUCCGCUUUGGGUCUCAACCCUCAUGGUUUUCAACUUGGGGUGCAAUUCAAGGUGACUUCCCAUAAGGUCACCCAUUCUUGUUGUACUCCACACUGAGCACGUUUAACUUCGGAGUUCUCACAAGAACUCCUCCAUUUUACCCCAAAACACAUUCAAGGUGACUUCCCAUGGAUCUCUCUCGUGCUUUGUCGAUGUGGGAUUCGCCUAAGGUGUUACAUACACCCCCUUGGGACUCAACGCCCUCGUUAAAGUUUGCCCCACCAUCGUUCAAGAGGGACGCGGAGAGGCUCUGUUAUCACUUGUAACAUCCUGAACCUUUUCCUGACGUAGAUAUUGUCCGCUUUGGGCCUCGACCCUCACGAUUUUCGACUUCGCGUGCAAUUCAAUAUGACUUCCCAUAAGGUCACCCGUCCUUGUUGUACUCCACACUGAGCACGUUUAACUUUGGAGUUCUUAUUAUAACUCCUCUAUUUCAUCCCAAACGUCUUGUCAGUUAAGGUCGGUUUCCUACUUAUGAACCAUGGAUCUCUCACUUGCUUUGUCGAUGUGGGAUUCGCCUAAGGUGUUACAUAACAUCCCGAACCUUUUCCCGACAAGAUACUAUCCGCUUUGGGCCUCUACACCCGCACGGAUUUCGACUUGGGGUGCAAUACAGGGUGACUUCCCAUAAGGUCACACAUCCUUGUUGUACUCCACACUGAGCACGUUUAACUUCGGAGUUCUUACAAGAACUCCUCCAUUACACCCCAAAACGCAUCUUUUGGGCCUUGACCCUCAAGGUUUUCUACUUGAGGUGCAAUUCAAUGAGACUUCCCAUAAGGUCACUCAUCCUUGUUGUACUCCACACUGAGCACGUUUAACUUUGGAGUUCUCACAAGAACUCCUUCAUUUCACUCCAAAAUGCGUCUUGUCAGUUAAGGUGGGUUUCCUACUUAUGAACCAUGGAUCUCUCCUGUGCUUUGUCGAUGUGGGAUUCGCCUAAGGUAUUACAUAUGUGUUGUAUUGGAUUGAUGUUAUUUCUUAAAAAUAUGAUUUAAUUUAUUUAGGUUAAAUUAUAAUAAAUUAUUUGUAUGAUUAUAUUUUAUUUUAGUAUUAAAAAGGACAACAUACAAUAUUUUAAAAUAUGUAGGGCUCCAAACUAACUUCUAACCAAGUCGAUAACAUGUAGUUAACCGAUAAUUCUAAUCAGUUAGAUAAUCCAUAGGGCUGCAAAUGAGCCUAGUCGAGCUGAGCUUUACCCCAACUUGAGCUCGGCUCGUUGAUAAACGAGUUGAGCUCGAGCUCCGCUCGUUUAUUAACGAGUCUAGUCGUGUUUGAGCUAGCUUGGUUACUAAAAUCUUAACUCGUAUUUGAUAUAUUCAUAUUGUAUGUGAUGUAAGAUACACGUGAUUAAUAUCAAGAUGAAAAUAAUAAUAACAACGCGUAAUUGUUCCAUAUUAACUAAUCUCAGGUUAGACUUUGUGAUAUCAUAUCAUUUAGUUAGUAAAUUUUAACUACUCAA